GGACUAACAGAAUAGUUGACAGAUUUCAUCAUAUCAACUUCCUCAUAAGGCUUUGCUCCGGCAUUGAAUUCCGUCCCGGUGCCCAAGACCGACACCAAGGCCAAGACCAAGACCAAGCAUCAAGCAGCAAGCCAUGGCACAACGGCAUUUUAUAUUCCAAAUUCGAGGAUUCUGCAGGCGCCAGACUCCACAUCGCCCUCAUGUUGCCUGCCAAUUUGGGAGAGGAACUUUAAAGUGGUGGCGAGCAACAAGGUUCUCCAGGCUUUUGAGAGUUUGGCUGCCAUUGUACAGCGUCCUGGGCGAACGCCUUCCCACUGUCAGCAGAGAGAUACCUACCUACUGCGUACACUACCAUCGCAUAGCCGACGACCCGGCCAAAACUCAUGUUGAGCUUCCACCCAUGUUUGCUUCCCGUAUACGUCGCUUCACACCAACGGUACCAAAGGCUUCCUCCAUUGCAAGUAGCACCGCAGGUAGCGUGGGGAAAUAUAACAUCCUGAAUCUCAUCAGCAUCCCCCUUGUCCACUUCCUCUGCACUACAUUGAUAAAAUCCAUCUUGUUGUUUUCGGCUAUGGUUCCACGUUCAUUUCGCUAUUCCUCUCCGUAAACCCACCACUGCCCGUGGCAGGCAAAUCGUCCAUGAUCGGUCCAGUACACCGAAAACCGCCAGCCUGCCAAGUAAACGGGGUUUGUACAUGCAUAAAGCAGGUAGUAUUUAUGUACAAUAGAAUACGAAAGAUAUCCUGGCACUUACCAGGCACGCGCCAGCCCGCGCCUCUCUUGCCCUGCGUGUUAGGUAUCCCUUUGUCAGUUAAAACGGCGCUCGUU